AUGGCUUUCAGUGACGACGACGGCUUCACACAACCCACGCAGAGCUUUGACACGUCCUCUAUCGCCAGCAUUGCCUCGUCCCUUGCCAGCGAUUUUACGCAGACCACGGGCACGGGCAGUCGUUUCUCACGCACCAACACCGGCGCCUCUCAGACGACCGCAUCCAGCUCUGGCGCCAGCACCUCUGCUCCCGCAUCGGCCACACAGACAGCUUCCACCACAUUCGCUACAUCGAUCGCUCCCUCAGCUGGAUCCUCAGACUCCGCAGACUCCAGCUUGAGCAGCCAUGCUACCUCGGCAAGCAAUGCGGCAAGCAGCACAACAGGCGGUGCCGUCACCGUAUCGGAAAACUCCUCCUGCAAUAGUAUUUCCUGCUCCUCCGCGUUGAAAGCAGCCGUCGCUGUCCCGAUUGUCGUUGCGGCUAUUGCAGGGAUUCUUUUGUUUUUCUUUUGUGCAAGGAGGCGGAAGAGACGCGCUGGUGCCGUCAUGUCGGAGAAGACACCGAAAAAGGCGGGCAAGAAAUGGACACGGCACCUACGAGCCUUUUCCUUCGACGCAGAGCUGCUCAUGGGUGGUCGUUUCUCCAGCUCCAACAGCAUCCGCAGCCGAGAUCCAAGUGUUCGAAGUGGCCGGGGCACGCUUUCUCGUGGAAGUAAUCACAGCGGGGAACCAAGUUUGCACAGCAUUGAAGAAGUGGCCCCUCCUUACCGAGAUGCUGUAACCCAUGUGACGCCCCCCAGUCCAGCUCGGUCCAUCCCUCAUGUCACCACGCAUGCGGCUGAUCCUAUUCCUCGACCAUCCUCAACGGCUACAGCACCACCUCCCUACCGAUCCAUCGUUGGGGGUGCCGGUGGAGACCCGCCCUCUCCUUCCACGGUUCGAAACCCGUUUGCAGACUCGGCUCCGGUGAGUCCUAUCGAAGGCUCACCUUUCAACGAUCCCCCUGAAGGCGAGGAAGCGUCUGGCGCGCUGGGUCCUGCCUUAAGCCGGGGUUCAUCGAUGUAUCGAAGCGUCAUGACCGACGACGAUGUGACCCCAACCGCGUCCGAAGCUGGGAGUAUAAGGCAAGCAGUGGUGGGCAGGCGUGUGUCAGUCAGGAACGGCGAAGGCACGAGCGGUAGCGGCGGUGGCGGCAGCAGCUAA